AUGGCUCUCGCCCCUGCUCUUUCUCACCCAUCUCACCACCACAACCCACCUCCCCACCAACCCCAAUCACAAUCUCUGUCUCUCCCCGCCCCUCUUCCCAGCGACCACCUCCAAAUAUCACCCUCCUCACCACCACCAUCGACGUCGCCCACGCUCCAGCAUAGCUCUUUAAUACAACAUCGCACUUCCCCAUCCCCGACAAGGUCCUUUAUGGACGCCCCUACACAACUCGAUCAUCCAGUCCAAUAUCCCUCCAUUUCCCCCCUCCCUCCUCCAAAUAUCGUCCCUAUCCUCGAUCCAGAAUCUGCACCCGCCAGCGUGCCUACAACCCCAGAUGUCGACCCACAGAUCCUAGAGGCCCUUAGGAGCAAGGACAGGAUCUACGUCCUCAAGCUGGGCGAGACCUUUGAGGCCCUCAUUACAGAGCGCAGGACACGCGUUGAACUCUCCCCUGCAACCUCUUAUCAGCGGUUGCUCGUCCAUCGCUGCUCAGCAUACUACAAGUUGGCCCCAGAAAGCGACCCUAUCACCAAGGGCAUUUUUGUUGUGUCUACGGCGGACAGUAGAAUUCCCGACCGUCGUAUCAGCGAGUUGGUUCCCGCCGAGGCUACUACCCAACCCUCUUUCAAAAUCAUGCGUCGAUCGGUCCAAGACCGUCGGUCAAAACCCCACUCCCAGGCCGGCUCCGUCGCCGGAGAGGAUGUAGAUCUUUCUGAUGUAGAGCCUUCAGAAUCAGGCAGUAACGCUACAAGCUCUAGCCACCACAACAACAAAAAGCGUAUGACCAUAGAAGAGCGAGAAGCCGCAUAUAACGAAGCUAGAUCCCGCAUUUUUAUGGAUUUCGAAGAAAAGGAGAAGAAUAAGGACAAGGACAUGAGCGCUAGCUCUUCGUCUCUCAGUCUUACCGGAUCCGCUUCCACCAGCGCAGGCGGUAGAAGCAGUAUUGGAGACACUGACGAUGCUGCCAGCUCUCCUGCGACAGAGAGUGAGUGGUCGGCUCCAUCGGCAUCUCACUCACGCGACAGGAAGGAUGUGAGGCGUGGAGGCCCAGCAAAUGGCUCCGCCUCUUCCAACCGCUCACUUCGCAAUGGUGGCGGUGGUUCCUUCUACAACAAUGGAUCGGGCGGCAGUUCUCGCAACUCCCGUGCUCCCUCCCCAUCUUUGCAUUUCCCUUCCAUACACGAUACCUCUCCUGGCCACGUCUACGACCCCUCUCAGCCACAUCAUAACCCAAACAUGGCUUAUUAUCCUGCCCAAUACUAUCCGUACUCCCCUCCUGGCCAAGCUCCUGCUCCACCCUUCAUGCCGCCCUACUAUUACCCUCAUCAUUACAAUCCAUAUCAGCCACCGCCCAUCACACAGCAUAGUUCAUCCGAUCCCACAACACCCUCUGGCCCAGAGCCGUACUCUCCUCCACACCAAGUCAACUAUGCGCCACACUACAACUGGGGACCCCACCCCAGCCAACAGCCUUUGCAGUCACCUCCUCCGUUGAACCUACCUCCACCGCAACCUCAGCAAAAUCAAAUCCACCCGAUGGGCCCUCCUCCUCCGAUGCAACCCCAAUCUCCUCAAUAUCAGCCCUUUGGACAUCCAUCGCAUCCAUUUACUUAUCCUAUCAAUGGUUACUACCCACAGGCACAUAUGCCUCCUCCUCCUCCAGGCCAGCAGAUGCCACCGCCACCGCCCCAUAUGAACGUGCCUCCCCAGCAACAACAUCAGCAUCAGAAUCCUCCUCAACCUCAGCAACAGCCGGUAUAUAAUGAUGUUCCUCGGGCUGUAAAUGGAAAUAGCCACAUCGGUGCUGCACACGCUUCUGCGAAUGGUCAUUUUAAUCCUCAUAAUGGUAAUGGCCCGCGUAAUGGACUAGGGAAUGGCGUAAUUGCACCUAAUAGCCACAACAACAACAACAACAACAGAAGUAAUGUGAGGAACGGUGUAGGUGGUGGUGCGCCUGGGCUCAUGAAUGUUAAUAAUGCGAAUGGAAAUGGAAAUGGGGUGAAUGGUGGUGGAAAGCAUCGCGUGCAGAUGCCGCCUGCUGGGCGUUCUGCGUGGAGCUAUGGACCGGGUGUGGGGAAUGGCGGAUAUGUGCCUCAUAACUCAAACAAUGGAGAAGCUGUGGGACCACGGUUCCAUGCUCACCGACAACCAUCGGGCAACAGCAGCUCAGGUGGGCGCUCAUCCAACUGUGAUGAUGUCUCGUCAACUUCGUCCUCUACUACAUCGUCAUCAUCAAGACGUACAUAUACGUCGACUACCUCGUCACAACAUCACCCUCUCCCAGCUCGCCCUGAUUGGGCAGUGGGACUAAAGGCACAGCCUACACUAGCUGCUAUGGGCGGUGGCCGCCACCAAGAACAUUCGCUCAACAACUCGCGCAACAUCUCACCUAUAUCACAGCCUCGAUCCAAUGGACACAACUCCCCUAUGCCAAACGGCAACAACCAACAGCAAAAUGGUGCUUCCUUGUCCUUGCAGGCUACGGAUUUCCCUCCGUUGUCAGGUGCUGCGCCUGAGAAGAGGGCGCCUGUUGUUACUGGCGCCUGGGGUCAGUCAAGGCCUAUCUUGACGCCCGCAGCUGCCAAUGGAAAUGCCAAUGGGUCGGCGCCUAUAGCUGCGACUGCGAAUGUAAAUGGAACUGCGAAUCCUGGAUCGGCGCAGCAUAGCCCUGUUAUUAAGCAGGAGGACGUUAUCAAGCCUGGCGAAAUAAUUAAUCCAAAACUUGCUCGCCGACCCCCUGCCGUUGUUAAUGGCCAGGGCCCGGCCCACCAGCGAUCGCAAAGCGCAGGAAAGGAAUUGACUUCUGCCAAAGGUGAUUCGGUCGCGGCCUCGGCCUCAGCUCUUGUUGGACAGGUGGCUUCGAUGUCGUUGGGAGGAGGGGAGGCUGGCGGCAUCGAUGUCUCCCCUUCAGCUCCUUCUGUGUUUGCCAAUUCGAGCACAAAUAACGCCAACACGGCGACAACGACGUCGGCAUCAGCACCAUCUGUUGUAGCACCAGCACCAUCUGUGUAA